CCCCGCCCAGCUGACCCGGCGGCUCUCCCCUCGCAGGCUGCUGCCCCGGCGUGCUGGGCCCGGCCGCCGCCAUGUCGGGCCCGUUCGAGCUCUCGGUGCAGGAUCUCAACGACCUGCUCUCGGACGGCAGCGGCUGCUACAGCCUGCCGAGCCAGCCCUGCAACGAGGUCACCCCCAGGAUCUACGUGGGCAACGCGUCGGUGGCUCAAGACAUCCCCAAGCUGCAGAAACUAGGCAUCACCCAUGUUCUGAAUGCUGCUGAGGGCAGGUCCUUCAUGCACGUCAACACCAACGCCAACUUCUACAAGGACUCCGGCAUCACCUACCUGGGCAUCAAAGCCAACGACACGCAGGAGUUCAACCUCAGCGCCUACUUUGAAAGGGCUGCAGACUUCAUUGACCAGGCCUUGGCUCAAAAGAACGGCCGGGUGCUUGUCCACUGCCGGGAAGGUUACAGCCGCUCCCCAACCCUAGUCAUCGCGUACCUCAUGAUGCGCCAGAAGAUGGAUGUCAAGUCUGCGCUGAGCAUCGUGAGGCAGAACCGUGAGAUCGGCCCCAACGAUGGUUUCCUGGCUCAGCUCUGCCAGCUCAAUGACAGACUGGUCAAGGAGGGGAAAUUGAAACUCUAGGGCACUCCUGCCGCCUCUUCUCUAGAGGCAGACAGGGGAGCCCCCGGUUGAGGUGUCCCAAGCCACCAUGUUUAGGAAACACAGUGCACCCUGCUCCUAGCAUCACCAGGCACUCGCCCACAAGUCUGUCCCAACACAGCCCUGGGCCACUUUCCCCCUGGGGAGCAUAUAAAGAAGCUUGCUAAGGAGGGCGUUCUUGCUCCCUGGUGUGUGUCCUGUGCCUGCAGUUUAUGAUGUCCCCUCCCUGAGGUGGGGGCGCAGAGGGGGAAGGCGUGUGGCAUGUGUCCUUCUCCCGGAUGACCGAAGGCAGGAGGUCCGUGCAAGUGUAAGGCUCGAGAUGCCCACAGGGGUCCCUCCUGACCUCCGUUGCCCCCUGCCUCCCUCCCCCCUGCUCCCUACCAUCCACCCCUGGGGCCUCUCCUGAGCGGGGACCCCCGCACCUCGAGCCCUGUAAGGGAACUAUGCAAACGCAGGCUCCUCUCCCUCCACCAUGCCUGUCUCCCCCUGCUCCUCCUAGCUGUCCGCACCUUGCUCAGAGGCAGAGGCCCAUCGUGAGGUCUGAACUGGCCUGGAGAAGCCAUCAGUUGUUAGCGGGUGGAAAUUCCCAUGAAGAGACUGCAUUGUAAUUAUUUCCUUAGGAUUAAAGAUAUCUAAACGAAGAGGCGCUCGGAGGGGCAAACAGACUCCCCCUGGAGGACUCCCCUAAGUCAGUAGUUUUUAAGAUGCGAAUCGUUGGAAGGCUUGUGUUCAGAAUCCCCUGCUUUGGAAUGUUCCCCUUGGACUGCUCUCAGGUCGCUUGGUCUGUUAGAAGCGCGAUGCCUUGGGCAUGGUUUUAUUUUAUUUUAUUUUUAUUUUUAUUUUUAUUUUUAUUUUUAUUUUUAUUUUUAUUUUUAUAGAAAACAGAGUGUUGAAGUUCCAGCCUAUUUAAAAACCCCACCAUUUGAAGAAUUACAAAGGGUUUGUCCUGAAUGACCGUGUUGGCCAGCGCCAGCCUCUCGUGCUAACUGCUUUCUUGUCUCGGUUGCUAUUCCAAGGACGGGAGGAAGUUGGCCAAUUACAGUGUGGGUGUGUGGGUGUGUCGGGGGGUGUGUGUCUCAGAAACACAGGCAGAGGAUGGACGUGUGGCUCCUCACCGUGCCCGCUUGUAGGUAGUUCUUAACGGCUCUGUGAUGCCAGGAGCGAGCCUGGGGCCCUGGGAGCAAAAAUGACUCAGCCAGGCAGAAAUGAAACACGGCGGCGCGUCCAAAUGGAGCCUUCACUGCUGGUAGAGCAAACCACAAACAGGAACAGCCUUUUUUAGGACUUUGUAAGGAUGAUGUCGGAACGCACUAGCACACGCGUGCACACGCUUGUCAGAAUAUAGGAGUUUUGUUUCAAACACGGUCCUUGUUAGGACUUUCCAUGACCGUCACCGUGGAAAGUGAGGCGUUCCUGUCUCUCCAGGUUCCCUGCCAGCAGAGAGGUGGCCCUCAGCCACACCCCCAGGUCCUAGCACGUAGAGGUCUAUAAAAGUUGGUGGAAUUAAACUUUUUUUUUUUUUUUUUUUUUUUUUGAGCACCAGACGUGUGCAGGGUGUUGUUCUGGUGGGUGUAUCAAGCUCCCAGAAAGCCUGAAGGGAAAAAUCCAGGACUUUUGUUGAGUAGUUAAAAAUUCCGUUUUAAAUUUGAAUUCUGGCAGCAUUGACCUGUCGAGGCGGGGAAUGCGCCUUUUUCAAGAGUUGACCGGGAACGUCUGGAACGUCCGGCCAGACAAGGAGAAGCAGGGUGCCGAAGGGCCUCAUGGGUGUCGUGACCUCUGUUGCUACAUGGUCCCUUUUCUCUGUGACCACAGUCACCCUGGACAAACUAGGGUCUGUCGUCUUUUCCAGAUACCGGACUGCCCACGUAGACCCACCUAAGUGAAACGGCCAUCCUCUCUAACCUGUGUACCUCACCUCACGGUUUCCAGAGCACUGUCCCACGUAAUCUAACUUGAUCCUUUCAGUAACCCGAUCAAGUUGGUAGAGCUUCUUCAUGUAUGGUUACCUUUUUUAAGAAAAAGGAGCUGGGGUUCACACUGAGGGAGGGCAUGGCCCCCAGGCUGUCCCGGCCUCUUAAGGCAGAGCCAAGGCAAGACUUGGAAGUUUGCUGCUCCCUGAAGCUGAAUUCUUUGUCUCAUGCUACCCUCCUCCCCCAAGACAGGAGCUCCCUGGGAGUGCCCAGGUGCCCUGAACAUGCCCUUGACCCAGCCUGCGUGCACAAGAGCCAGUCGGUGCUCUGGAUGGAGUACGGCGGUUCAAGCUGUACUGCCCAGGGGGUCUGCACGCGGGCGGGAGGGAGUUGGUACAAACCCAUCCCUGCUCCAGGAAACGGAAGUAAAACGUGGGUCCCCGAUUAGGUUAGAAUGUGUGGCUCUUCCUCCAGGAAACAUGUAGCACCCCUAAGUUGGAGCUUUCUGCUCUGCUUCCAGAAGAGGCUCUGGGGCUGGGGGGCCAGGGUUCCCCCUCCCACACUUAGGCAGUGGUCACCCCACAGGACGGCCACAGCUACUUAGGCUAGUUAACCAGACCUCUCGAAGGCCUUUUUGUGGGGGCAUGAGGGAGAAAAGGCCAUUGAGAAAAUUACUGCCUUUACUCUGGGGCUACUUUUAUGCUGAUAAUUUGGGAUUUCUUGGUAGUCUUUAGUCCCAGAAACCCCGUAUUUACUUCAUGAGAUUUAGCUCCUAAUUUUUGAGUAAAAUAAAACUCUUAUUUGUGUAAGAGCCAGCAUAUGCCCAGCUGUGAGUGGAAGCUGUUUCUGGACAGCUCUCUACCCCUGGGAAAUGGUGGAAUAGGAACUCAGGGCGCCCUUACCCCCUCCCCUGACCUGAUCCCUUCUUUGACUAGCAGACCCUCACAUAGGUCGAAUUAGAGCACCAAAUGGCUUUCUUCUCAAAUCUAAAGCAGCACACUUUCCACAGGCUGGUCUGUUUCCCUGCCACUCUGAGUUAUCUGGAGAGCAGAAACCACCCAUCUGUCAAACCAGGGGGCCCAUCUAGAAGACCUCUAAGGUCCCUUUGGCCCUGACACUGUAGGGUUCUCUGAGAACCCCCACCUGGAAUUUACUACCACCUGGAAAUUAUAGGGUAUGUAAUAACAUGACCAGCAGGUGGCACUGUGUUCCACCCAUGGUGAUGGAUGGUUUGAAAAGGAAAGUUGGUGCCUUUUGUGUCACAAGUUAAUGUUAAGAUGCUAAUGUUUUAAUUAAAAUAAGCACUGAUCUUAUAAUAUGAAGAUACGAACUUUCCUCGCAGGAAAUUUUCUGUCGUAAAACCGGUGUCAGGAAUCACCGAAGAGCCAACAGAGUUGGUCUUUCCAAGUCAAGGUUUUAUCCUGAUUGGAAAUAGAAACCCUCUCCGGUUGAGAGAGCAGAUCCGUCGGAAGCUUAACUUACCUCCUGCCAGCUGUUAGGGUGAUUUGAUUGUGAAAGCGUGAAUUUUCUGGGCAGAAAAGGGGAAGGUAUUAAAUUGGUUUUAAAGGAAAGUAAGCUUAACGUCUGUUGUAUCACAAAUCAGUGUUAAAACACUAACUGUAACCAAAAUAAAUGUCUUACAUUACAUAGAAA